UGGCUCCUCUCUUACAAAAGUCAACAAAUUAUUGGAAUAAAUGCAAAUCUUCACAUAUGAAAGCACCUUUUAACAAAAGCAAAAAGUAAAAACAAAAAAAAAAACUAAAGUUCCCCCAUUAAUCACGUAAAGAAUCCAAUACCUUCACUUAACAGUGUAUAUAUUUAUAUGCUCCAAGGCUACCCCUUUACCAAACAAUAAAAAUCUCACAUUUGUUUCUUCAAGUUUCCUUCUUUCAUUUGCAUCAAUGGCCAAUGUAGUGGAAUUGAAAGUGGGCUUGCAUUGUGACGAAUGUAUCAAGAAAAUCCUCAAAGCUAUCAAGAAAAUAGAGGAUAUUGAAACUUACAACGUUGAUACUAAGCUGAACAAGGUUAUAGUGACAGGCAAUGUUACCAACGAUGAAGUCAUUCGUGUUCUUCAAAAAAUCGGCAAACAAGCAACCACUUGGGAAUCUGAUUAAUUUCACAAUUUUGGCUUUUCUUUUGAUUGAUUUUGGGUUCAAAAUCUACUGUAAUAGCUAGAAUAAAACAAAAUCAUUAUUUUUUUUUGGGUGAA